CCGACUGGGAGGGGAGAGUACGUCAUCAGUCUGUUAUAUUUAUUCAGAUCGAAAGUUGGCACUUAUCACUAACCUUUACGUAUUGGAGAUUUAAAAGAUGACCAUGCUAUCUACCAGGAAAUCUCAAUCAACAUGUCCGACAUAAUCCCGGAUCAAUUUAAAUCAGUUUGCUGAUAUACUCUCUUUCAAGCAAGAUCUUUUGAUAUUUCAUCAUGGAAGUGAUUGAUUCUAUGUGUCGGUCCUCGAUGUAUCUGUCAAGACUUCUAAACAUCGUUACCGGCCGGGAGGACGAACUGGCACUCAGGAGGAAAGUAGAUGAAAUGGUAUGGUAUCCUCACGACACGGACGAUCUCCACCAGAAGUUCUAUGGCGGAAGUCGAUCUGAAGGCUUGUGGCUGCCAGGCUCAGAUAUGGAUAUUAUGUUGGUUGUCAAGGACACGGUUGUAUUAACCCUAAAAUCGGAUCAACAUUUUAAGAAGUACUUUAAGCACCAUGUCUUGAUAAUGAGGGAUGACGAUUGUAGACCUGGUCACGUGAUUUUGCAAGUUGGAAAUAUUUCAUUUUUCACCAAAUCCUUGUUUCAAACGGCCAUAGUUGAGCACAAGGGGAUGAAAGUUGUAUCAAGUAGUAUUUUACGAAGUAAAUUAGCAUCUCUCUGUCCAGGCGUUGUUGAGCACGGCCCUUGUGCCAGUAUCUUGGAUAAUCCAGAUAUGGAAGUGGAUCUAGCGACUGCGUACCACUGCCCGGAAUGGCCAGCUAUCGCUCGGGACUGGAUCACUAGAAAUAGGCCCCAUGGCUGGCCAACAGCUGCUAUGAUCGACAAUAUCGUGCAACAGGGGUGUCAUGUUGUUCCUAUCGGAGACAAGACAUCAGAAAACGUGUCAGUCGAGUGGCGCGUGUCAUUUUGUCGGGCUGAGAGAUAUCUGGUUCAUUCACUCAACCAUCUUCAGUUCAAGGUGUAUGCUCUUCUGAAACUUUUCUUGAAGCAGGUCAUCAAUAAACACGAAGAAGUUCGGGACCUCAUUUCCUCUUACUUUUUAAAGACAGUAGUUUUCUUCGUCGCUGAGAAUACACCGAAACAACUGUGGUCAAAUGGGGCCCUCCUUUUCAUCAACUAUCAGAAUUGCUUGAAAAUGUUGACCCAGUGGGUACGUGAAGGCCACUGUCCAAACUACUUCGUUCCCAAAAAUAACAUGUUUCUCGGACGAAUAUUCGGAGAAAGACAAGAAAUUCUUGCAAAUAUACUCGACAGGUACUGUGGAAUGGGGAUCGGAAUGUUAAAGAAAUGCGAGUAUUUCAAAGAUCUGAAUACAACCCCUUCUAUGAAGGACUUGGUGGAAUUGGAACUGGUUUUAAUGAACGCAAAAGAAGCAGAAUUUAGAAAGGACAUGAUUGUAUUCAUGUCCAACACACUUAUGUAUUCAAAGGACAGUAAAAGCGCUCUCAAGUCUGUGACGCGGUCGUUGAGAUUCUUUCGUGAUUCGGAAACGUUCGCAGAUGAAAAUAACCGUUGGAUUCUUCUGCUUAACACAUUGCUUGGGAUGCUUUCUUUGCUCCCCGACCAAGGCAAGCCAUCCUCUACAACUAAUGAAAACCAACACGAUUUGAAGUCAAGCGAGACUACUGCAUCAACACAGAUUGAGGCAAAAACCACUUUGAAAGAGCAAAUCGUACACCCGAACCCUUCUUCCAGUUCAUCAGAUGUCGGUGACACAGGCAACGAUCCGAUGACAAGAUUUGAAGAAUGUUUUGAUUAUAGUAGUGAAAAGUGUACGUCGGUGAUAAAGGCUCACCAUACACAGAAACAAAGCAACAAAGACAGAUACAGGGAGUUACGUCGUUGUAAAUACACCCUUGCACAUUGUACAGCGAUCGAUGCAAGCCGUGGAUGGUUGACACUCGCAACAUUUCUCUACAUGUUAGGUAGUUACGAUAGCGUCCUGAGAAUUCUACACAGGGUGAAAGAGUCAUAUGGUCACUACACUGUAUUCAAGAGCUCGCCUGGAGGUAUAGUACCAAAUCAAGAUCGAGACAACGCAUACAAAAAAGACAUUUGUAGCCAUGGUAUGUCGAUAAGGGAAAAGGUAGCUGCAUCGUUGUCGUUGGACUUGUUCUUCAGCGACACAAAUCGUUUCUGUCCAGAAGAGCUUCGAUAUCUGGUAGAAGACACUUUGACGGGCUUUCACAUACCUCCUUUACCGUAUGUUGCCUUUAUGACGUUCAUUUGCUACUACCGUCUUAGAGAUUUGAAAAAGCAAUGCCAAGCAUUAGAUGACCUGCAAACGAUGACGUCGCACAGCGAGCAGGGAGCGCACCUGCACCCUGUCGUCUACAACUUGGUUGGACUGUGCCUCGAAUUAACUGGUGAUACGUCCGGGGCUAUUGACCAAUAUACCGAAUCACUGAAAAGAAGACCGACGUAUAACGGAGCCAAUAAACGGCUGAGAGACCUUGGUGUCGAAGUCAUAUACCAACGGCCGUUACAGUCAUGAAGACAUAGUUCUAAAUGCACUGUUCAUGCAAAAGACGAAUUGCAUUACUAGGUGUUACGGGAAAGACCUCAAAAAUACCUUCAAAAUAUUUAAGCGAAGUUUGUACUGGAGAGUCCUUUACCAAUUUAGCAAUGGAAAGGAAAUAACUAGCAUUUUAGUGUUGGUUACCGUAGAUUUAAACUUUUCCAAGUCUUGUGACUGUCUUCGUAAAUGUACUUAAUAGAACAGACAAAACAAUUCACAUUAUUGUAGUAUUGCAUCUAACCCAUUCAUUUUUGUGCCGUUAUUAAUUAUUAAGUUUAGCUAUGUGUGAUAUGACCGUGCCAUUCUUUCCUUACAUAAAGAAAGUAUUUAAAGUAUA